AUUUUGCAUUAAUCUUGAAUAUAUAAUCUUAUCAACAAAAAUGAAAAUUUUCACUCAUUUAUUUUUUUCAUUUACAGAGUAUAAGAGUUUGAAAAAGUUAAAAGUUCUUCGUCUAAAUCAGGUUUUUACCAAUGGAAGCAUUCCAUUACUACUAAAAUUAGUAGAGGCAUUCCCAUCGGUUAAGACCUUCUAUCUACUAGGGAAUUACUUAAACAAGACUAUGGCUACUCAAGAUCAAGAAUUGCAUGUGUGGAGCAAUGUGGAGGAAAUAUUUCUAGACGGUUCUUAUCUCAACAACAACAUUUUGCAAAGCAUUGGAGUAUUCACUUCUCUUAAAACUUUGUCUUUACGUAACUGUGGACUUAUGGGUUCCUUACCUAAUCAAGGUUGGUGUGAUCUAAGGAACCUUAAGGGUUUGGAUAUCAAUGGGAAUGCACUUAAGGGGAUACUUCCUUAUUGUAUGGGUAACUUGACAUCUCUUCUUGAGUUAGAUAUCUCCAACAAUCAAUUUACUGGAAAUUUGACUCCUUUAGCAAAUCUUUCAUCACUUAGAUUUGUCUCUGUUUCAAGAAAUCAUUUGCAAAUUUCAAUGCCAUUCUUGUCACUUGCAAACCUUCCAAAUCUCAAGUUUCUUUUGGCUGAUGAAAACAAGAUAGUAAUGGAAUAUAAUUCCUUUCAUACUUCAAUUCCGAAGUUUCAACUAAACAUCAUCAGUUUGUCAGAGUGUAUAACAGACAAAGGACUUAGUCUACAACCUCCUAAGUUCCUUUAUUACCAAUAUGACUUGAGAUAUGUUGAUCUUUCCUAUAACAAUUUCAGUGGAACAGUCCCAUUAUGGUUGCUAGAAAACAACACAAAAUUAGAAAAUCUCUUCUUGUUGGGUAAUUCUUUCACUGGUCCUCUCUUGUUACCACAUCUUUUUCAUCCUAAAGUGUCUUUAAUUGACAUAUCUGAAAACAAAUUACAAGGUCAAAUUUCGACAAAUAUAUGUUCAACUUUUCCAAAUUUGGAAUUGUUAGUCUUAUCUAAGAAUGCCUUUGAAGGUAAUAUCCCUCCUUGUUUAAGUGGCAUGAACACUUUAUCAUUUUUAGACCUAUCGGACAAUCAUUUAUUUGGAAGAGUACCAGAAGAGUUGAUCAUGAGAAGCUCAUUAGAAGUUCUUAGGCUAUCAAAUAACAACCUAAGUGGAAAGAUUGUUCCUUUGAUGUUCAACACAAAAGAGUUGUCAAAUUUGUAUUUGGAUGGUAAUAAUUUUGCUGGAGAGAUUCCUGAUAUUGAUGUCUCUACUACUGAUUUUUCACAUUCAUCACUAGUGGAUAUUGAUCUCAGUAAUAAUAGUUUUAAUGGAAAGCUCCCAAGAUGGAUAGGGAAUAUAUCGCAUUUGAAGAGAUUGGCUUUGUCAAACAAUCAUUUUGAAGGUUCUAUUCCAAUGGAAUUUUGCAACUUGUUUGAGCUUGAAUUUUUGGAAGUUUCUCAAAACAAUUUAUCUGGCUCCAUUCCUUAUUGUUUCAAUCCACCAUAUUUGAGACAUGUCCACGUGAAGAGAAACAAACUAAGUGGUCCAUUAACACUUACUUUUAAUAGCUCUUCAUUAGUGACAUUAGAUCUUAGAGGGAAUAAUUUAACUGGUAAUAUUCCAAAAUGGAUUGGCACAUUUUCUGCUUUAAGCGUCCUUCUUUUGAAAGACAAUCAUCUAGAUGGUGGAAUUCCAGUUCAAUUAUGCAAGUUGUAUUCAUUGAGCAUCAUAGAUCUUUCUGGAAAUAUGUUUUCUGGUCCUAUACCUUCUUGUUUGGGUAACUUAACUCUGGCAAUGAAAAAAGAUAAGUCAUUGAUACAUGAUGGUCAGUAUGGAAUAGGUAUACCUGAUGAUGCAUCAACAUACACUGUGAUGAUAAUGCUGAAAACUCGUAGGUACCCUGAUAGCUACAUGGAAGAAUGGAUAGAGUUUACAACAAAGAGUGUGUCAUAUUCAUACGGUGGUGACAUUCUUGAGUACAUGUCUGGGAUUGAUUUAUCUUGUAACAGGUUAACUGGGCAAAUCCCACUCGAAUUGGGAAACUUAAGUGAAAUCCGUUCGUUAAACUUAUCACACAAUAAGUUGAUUGGAGUCAUACCUUCAUCAUUUUCAAAGCUUAAGCAAAUCGAGAGUUUGGACCUUUCUUACAACAACUUGACUGGUAGAAUCCCUAUACAGUUGGUUGAGUUGAACUUCCUGGAGGUUUUCAGCGUGGCACACAACAACUUGUCAGGUAGUACUCCAGACCCAAAAGCUCAGUUUGGGACCUUUAAUGAAAGCAGCUACGAGGGAAACCCUCUUCUCUGUGGGCCUCCAUUGCAAAAUAAAUGCUCUAAAACUGAGUCACCACUAACAGUACCGACUACAACAGACAAUGAAGGAGAAGGUAGUUUCAUGGACACAUAUGUUUUUUGUGUGAGCUUUCUGGUUUCAUAUGUAAUUGUUUUAUUGGGAAUUUUUGUUGUUCUAUACAUAAAUCCAUAUUGGCGACAAGCAUGGUUUUCUUUCAUUGAGAGUUGCAUCACUACCUUUCGCUACUCAAUUGUGGGCAAUUUUCUUGAGUUAUACAUCUUCAGAAGAUGUGCCUAGGUAUCAUGGGAGCUCUUAUGAUUUGCCUUUUAUUUGAAUGUGGUGAAGAUUUGGAUAAAGUUGAUUUUGUUGUCAGAAGAAGUUUGGUGAUUUGAUCUUUUUAAAUGGGGGAUUUCUUUUAGCUGACUGUUCUGUUAAAAUAGUUUUAGGAAGAGUUAUGGAUUUUGCACUUUCAACAGAGCUUUAUGUCUCUGUCGAAACUCUGUUUUGGGUAUUUGUUUUGUUUUGAAGAAAGCCUGUAGCUUUGUGUCUUGUUGAUUUUAUUUUCUACACAAAUAUUCAAUUCUCUAUUCUCCAUCAUCUACAAGUUAUUAUUAAUAUCUUUUCCAAGUUAUUAUUCAAAUUGGCAAAUUUUUCCUCAUUAGUUUUGGCUUAGUUUUGAGCUUCUAGUAAAUGAUUUCUGGCAUAAAUUGCAGCGAAGGCAAAGAUUGCUGGCUAUGGCCUACCAAGAACUUUCUAAAGUUGUAUUGGUUGGAUUCAUUUGUUUUAACCAGAUUUUAUAUCGAUCGUAAAAAGCUUUUUCAAUUUAUUUUCUUUGAUGCUU